UAAAUUUGAUUUUUUCCCCCAUAUUAUAUUCCAGUUUUAUUGGAGAGAAAGCGAAUAUAAUAUAGUUGAGAAACAAAUAAAUGGGGAAGGGAGAGGUGAAGCAGGCAUAAGGACCAAGAAUCUCGUGGGAAAUCUCAAUAACGCUCCUCCAUCUCUCUCUCUCUCUCUCUUUUUCUUUAUCAUUAUACAAGGAAGAAAAAGAAGAGAUCUACUUUUUUAUUCCUCUCUCAGCACGCGCCUUGACAAUACAAAAUUUGACUAGUAAGGGGGAUCUUGGCGCAGCUGACAGCUAUAUAGAGUUGUUUGUGGGGCUGUCAAAAUAGUACAUCUAUAUUGGCAGCCCAAUUUCUUACAAAGUGAACACAAAACCAACUCAACAAAGAGUGGUAUUGCAAAUUUAUCAUCAUGGCUUACUUUUCUGGAAUCCUCCAAAGACCUGUAGUUGCAGCAUCUGCAGUUGCUAUAGCUUCUGUAUCUACUGAUAUUCAUGAAAAAUUAUGGCCGUCGAAGUCAUUAGACAACUCUUGUUCAGAGCAAUUGAAUUCCGAAAAGAAAACAUCAUGGGUUUCUCAGAUAUCUGUUUCUAAGCUAGCCGAUUUGUCGUUUGUUACCAGAAUACGUGUUCCAGUGCCUAAUGUAAAUAUUCCAAGUCGCAGCACCAGUUCUACUUCUGUUUCAGCCCUUCCUUUUGGUACUUCUUCUAUGUUGGUCAACGUUUAUCAAUCAGCAGCAUUGGCCAAAUCUGCUAAUCCAUCCACAUAUACAUAUACAGUUCCUUCUUCACCUUCGGAGGUGUUGUAUAGAUGGCACUUACCAGAGCCAAAUGCUGCUGUAGAUAUAUCAAGGAAUGGUGAUUCUUCACCAAUAAAGUCUAGGACUGUGGUAGUACUGUUGGGAUGGUUAGGUGCAAAGCAAAAGCAUCUAAAGAGAUACGCAGAGUGGUAUUCAUCAAGAGGAUAUCAUGUUAUUACGUUUGCUUUCCCAAUGUCUGAGAUUCUAAGCUAUCAAGUCGGGGGAAAGGCAGAGCAGGAUAUUGAACUGCUUGUGAAUCAUCUUGCUGAUUGGUUGGAAGAAGAGCAUGGAAAGAACUUGGUCUUCCACACUUUCAGUAAUACUGGAUGGUUAACUUAUGGUGUCAUUUUGGAAAAGUUUCAGAAACAAGAUGACACUUUAAUGAGAAGGAUCAAGGGUUGUAUUGUUGAUUCUGCCCCUGUCGCAGCUCCGGAUCCACAGGUCUGGGCUUCUGGAUUCUCCGCUGCCUUUUUGAAAAAGAAUAGUGUUGCAACAAAACGCAUCAUGACUUUAAGCGACAGAGACACGGAUGUGACAAUAAAAACCAAAACUUCUGCGGAAACUAAGCCUGCAGCAACUGAAGCAGCAUUGCUAUUAGUACUGGAGAAGUUCUUUGAGGUGGUUUUGAACCUUCCCACCAUAAAUAGGAGGCUUUCUGAUGUUGUAGAUCUACUGACAUCCCGGCAACCAAGUUGCCCGCAAUUAUACAUAUACAGCAGUGCCGACAGAGUCAUUCCUGCGGUUUCUGUUGAGUCCUUUGUAGAAGAUCAACGGAGAACUGGUCGCAAUGUUACAGCUUGCAACUUCGUUUCUACACCUCAUGUUGAUCAUUUUAGGAAUGAACCAGAAUUGUAUACUUCACAGCUUACCCAAUUUCUAGAGGACUCAGUUCUAAGCUCUUGCAAACAACCUUCUUGAAUAAUUCCCAACCACAUUGAUUCUUUUUGUCCUCCCCCUCCCCCCACCUACUUUAACCAAAUACAUUGUAAAGCUUCUGCUUUCCAACUUUAAAGCAGAUAUACAUUGGUGUAGAUUGUUACAUAUACAGAGAAUUAAGUUUUGUUUUUCAUUCUAA